AUGUUGAAUUUUAUUCUUUUGCAAAAUAGACAAGGAAAAACCAGAUUUUCUAAAUGGUACAUUAAUUGCAAUGAAACCAAACAAAAGAAAAUAGAAAGGGAUAUUAAUAAAAUUUUAAUAAAUAGAAGCAGAUCUUAUGCAAAUAUAUUUAUCUAUGAGAAUUUUAAAAUUGUUUAUAGACUAUAUGCAGGUUUAUAUUUUGUUGUAUGUAUUGAAAAUGAAAACGAAUUAUAUAUAUUAGAAUUUAUUCAUUUUAUGGCACAAUUAUUAGACAACUUUUUUACAAAUGUUUGUGAGUUAGAUUUAUUAUUUAAUUUUCAUUUUCUAUAUUAUUUUUUUGACAAUAUUAUAUUAGGAGGAUAUAUAUACGAAGUAAAUAAAAAUAUAAUAUUAGAUAAAAUAAAUAAAAUUAAAAAGUUAAUAUAA